AUGUCGUCAUCCUUGCCCACCACUCCCCCACCAGAGGAUUUCUCAUACUUUCUGCACGAGAGACCCGGAUGCUUCUUCUUCAUUCCAUCGCAAACUCCAGACGGAGUUAAAAGACCACACCACAAAACGAUAUUCACACUCAACGAGGAGUGUUUAGAGAUAGGGUCAUCC